AUGGAUUUCUCCAGAUUUCUAGCAGAUGACUUUGAGGUGAAGGACUGGGUGAAUGCCGCCUUUAAGUCGGUACAAAAAGAUGCGCCUGGGAAGGUGGAUGCACAUGCGGCAACCUUAGUUAUGAAACUACAGCUCUUCAUCCAGGAGGUGAACAACUCCGUUGAAGAAAGUAGCCAUCAAGCCCUACAGAACAUGCCAAGAGUACUGCGUGAUAUAGAGGCCCUGAGACAGGAGGCCGCCUUCCUAAAGGAACAAAUGAUUCUCGUUAAAGAAGACAUUAAGAAGUUUGAGCAGGACACAGCCCAGUCCAUGCAGGUUCUGGUGGAGAUGGAUAAAGUAAAAUCACGCAUGCAGUUGGCGGCAGAGUCCCUGCAGGAAGCUGACAAGUGGAGUACGCUCAGUGCAGACAUUGAGGAAACCUUUAAAACACAGAACAUUACAGUUAUCUCUGAAAAGCUGACUAGUAUGCAGGUGAGCCUGGCAAUGCUGGUGGAUACCCCAGAUUAUUCAGAGAAAUGUGUAUACCUGGAGGCAUUGAAAAAUCGUCUGGAAGCCAUGUGCAGUCCUCAGAUAGUGGCAGCUUUCAACAGCCAGUCUGUGGACCAAGCCAAGAUGUUUGUGAAGGUAUUCAGUGAGAUUGACAGGAUGCCACAGUUGCUGGCCUACUAUUACAAAUGCCACAAGGUACAGCUGGUGUCUGUGUGGCAGGAGUUGUGUCAGAGUGAGAUGCCCUUGGAUCGACAGCUGACGGAUUUCUAUGACACCUUGCUGAGUGCAUGGCACACACAGCUGCAGUGGGUCUCCCAGGUAUUUAAGAAACCUCAUGAGGUUGUGACGGUUCUGUUGAUCCAGACACUGGCUGCCAUGGUACCAUCUAUUCCUGUGUGUCUCAGUACAGCCAUGGAGCGAGCCAACCCAGAACAUAAGCUCAGCAAUUUGUUGGAAUUGUAUGGGACCACGGGUCACUUUGCUAAAGCUCUGGAGGUGGCCAUGCUGCCAAGCUUAGGGGAGCACAAUUUGGUGAAGUUGGCAGAACUGGUAGAAGCUCUAUAUGGAGCCUAUAAACCUUUCCAGCUGCAGUAUGGUGACCUGGAGGAGUCUCAUCUUCUUAUACAAAUCAGUGCCAUCCCAUUGGAACAUGGGGAGGUUCUAGACUGUGUCCAAGAACUCUCACACUCGGUAUCUCGGCUCUUCAGCCUGGCUUCAGGUGCUGUGGAGCGUUGUAUCAAACUGACAGAUGGCCUUGGAGUCUGUGGUCUUCUGCAAGCACUACAAGCUUUAUUUAAAAAAUAUGUGUCAGAUUACACAAACACGCUACAGUCAAUAAGGAAGAAGUACAAAUUGGACAAUGUGCCUUCUGAUUCCCUAUUCCUGGAAGACUGGGCAGCCUUCCAAAACUCAGUCAGGAUCAUAGCUACUUGUGGUGAGUUGUUAAGACAGUGUGGUGACUUCGAACAACAGCUGGCAAGUCGGAUCCUGUCCACAGCUGGAAAACACCUGUCUGAAUCCUACAGCCCUCGCAGCCUUACCGGCAUGCAGGAGGCAAGCAGUACAGAGCGCAAAAGCAGCAAAAACCCCUGGCAGGAGUACAAUUACCUCCAGAAGGGCAACCCAGCAGAGUAUGGAACCCUGAUGGAGACAUUGUAUAUGCUGAAGGAAAAAGGAGCUGUCAAUGCCAGCCUUCUUUCCUCCGCCCGCUCAGCUCUAACCCGCCAAAACCAGGUAGCUCACCAGCUGGCCUUCGAUUCUGUCUUCUUGAGGAUAAAACAACAACUCUUGUUGGUGCCCAAGAUGGAGAGCUGGGGAUUUGAAGAGUCAGGAGAAACACUGACUGAAGAUUUACCCACAUUCAGUCUAACUCCGCUCGAGUAUAUAAGUAAUAUUGGUCAGUACCUUAUGUCUCUCCCCCUGCAUCUGGAGCCAUUUGUAACCCCAGAAGACUCAGCAUUGGAGCUAGCAUUGCAUGCUGGAAAGCUGCCCUACCCUCCAGAGCAAGGAGAAGAGACGCCAGAACUAGACAACAUGGCUGAUUAUUGGCUGGGAUCUCUGGCGAGAGCUACAAUGCAGACUUAUUGUGACGUCAUCCUGCAGAUCCCAACCCUCACACCACACUCCAGCAAACAGUUGGCAACUGAUAUAGAUUAUUUGAUUAAUGUGAUGGACGCACUGGGUUUACAUCCCACUCGCACUUUACAGAACAUCGUCACACUAAUGAAAACCAAGCCUGAAGAGUACAGGCAAGCUGCAAAGGCCUUACCCAGGAAACUGUCAUCCUCCAUCGCAGCCAUGAGAAGCAUCGAGUACUGA